AGCACUCAUCAGUCCGCACGCUGUACAAUUAAUAUGUUGUCUAGAGUGUUUUCCAAGCUCCCCCACGCCCCAAAUGUGUUGGCUAGCAGAACCUACUCCACCCACGCCCAUACCAGGACAGAGCUCAUCAAGAGACCGCGUCCGUUGACCAUCCCAGACUACCCGGUCAAGCCACCUAAGCAGCAGAUCCCUAGCAGAUUCCGUCCACAACCAAACUACCCGAAGCAGGAGUUUAGAACCUUCAAAGAUUUCUGCGCUGCUAUCGGCAGAGAUGCGGCCGAGCACGCCGAGGCGUUCGGCGACUUCCAGGAAUUCCUCAAGGCCUCCUCCGAGGAGUUGAAGCAAAAGGGCAUCGACACCAGAUUGAGAAGAUACAUGUUGAGCAUGAGACACAAUCAUUUGCAGGGCAAGCACGUGCAGGAGGUUAAGCAGAGCAAGAAGUGGCACGGCGGUGAAAGAAACAGACGUAGAUUCGAAGCAGAGCUUGAAGCCAAGAUGAGAAGGUAAGCUACGGC